GUCCCUGUUGGUAUGCUUUUAUCCACAAGAAGAGAACAAAGAUGGUGCGGUAGCCGUUACUAUCAUGACGAUUUCCACACGUCGCCACUGGUCACACGAAAUUUCAAGUGUUUUAUUUUUAGAUCUGCUUGCUGAACAUGAAUAAUGAUAACAAACAAAAGAAAACGAUUAACUCUAUGAACGAAAGCAACACGGCAUAUAAUCUGCGAAGGAGAAAUGUUGAAAUGGUUCCUAAAAUAGCUGUGUCAACAACAACCAUGCCUGCUGAAAUAAGUUAUCCUAUUUCUUCCUCAACUGACAGUGAAAAUUUUGAGAAAAAUAGGAAGAUCAGCCAUGUCAGAAGAAGAGUAGAUAGCGAAAGUGAAAACCCUGUAAAUAUUUUUCACCCAGAAGAAAAUCCAAAUAAUGUUCUUUGGGAGAAACAACAAAAAAUUAAAGAGAAUGAUGAUAAGAGAAAGAAAGAGGAAAAUUUGGAUAUUGACUCUGAAAAGGAGAAAUUGCUUUUCAGCAAUGAUGAGCACGAAGAUUUGAAUAUUUUGCUUCUAAGUACUUCUGUAAAAGAUGAAAGUAGUUUAGCAAUAGCGCUACAAGUGUUUGUUCCCUUUUUAAUAGCUGGUUUGGGAACUGUUGCUGCUGGGAUUUUGUUGGACAAAGUUCAACAUUGGAAAGUUUAUGUUGAUAUUCCAGAAGUGUUCAUUCUUGUUCCUGCAUUGUUGGGAUUAAAAGGAAAUUUGGAAAUGACUUUAGCCUCCAGAUUAUCUACUGCUCUAAAUGUUGGUUACAUGGAUACUAAAAAAGAACGAAAUAAAAUCAUUAUAGGAAAUAUGGCUCUUACUCAGGCACAAGCACUGAUUGUGGCUGCUUUAACUGCUAUUGCAGCUGCUGUUUUUCGUUGGGUUGCAAACGAUACAUUCAGCAUACAUCAUGUGUUCCUGUUAUGUGCCAGUUCUUUGAUAACUGCGUCCUUGGCGAGUGCUAUUCUAGGAGGAGUUAUGGUGAUUGUGAUCGUUUUGUCAGGAUUGUAUGGUUUAAACCCUGAUAACAUUGCAACACCUAUAGCUGCAAGCUUAGGAGACUUAGUCACACUGGCUCUCCUGUCUGUUUUUAGUGACUUUUUGUAUCAGAAGAUAGGCACUCAUCAUUGGAUAGCUCCUUUAAUAUGUUUUGUGAUCAUAAUGCUUCUUCCGAUUUGGUUGUAUCUAUCUCAUCAUAACAAAUACACACAAAACACACUGUACACUGGUUGGUCUCCUGUUAUUCUUGCCAUGUGUAUUAGCAGUGGUGGUGGCUUAAUCCUCAGUACGAUUGUGCAAAAGUAUAUUGGACUAGCUGUUUUCAGUCCUGUUAUUAACGGUGUCGGUGGUAAUUUAGUGGCAGUGCAAGCAAGUCGUAUAGCAACAGCUUUACAUAAAGAAGUCUCACCUGGUAUUCUACCUGACAGAACUAACUAUGGCUGCAUUACUACUUUCUGCAAAGCAGGAGGACAUUCUCGUACUGCACGUGUUUUGUUAACUAUGUCCAUCCCUGGUCACAUCGUCUUUUUAGCAAUCAUAGCGAAUACCAAGUCUGGUCACACAAGCCCUACUGCCAGAUUUGUUUGCUUUUAUUUAUUAGCAGGAUUCAUUCAGGUUUCCAUCCUCCUCUUCUUAUGCAACUGGUUAGUUCACCUUCUGUGGAAAUGGAAGAAGGAUCCGGACAAUUACUCCAUUCCCUAUCUGACAGCGCUUGGUGAUUUGCUGGGUACAGCAUUAUUGGCAGUUGCUUUUCAUGCGCUGUACUUACUUAGUGAUAGAGAUGUGGAUGUUGGUGAAUAACAUGGUAUGAAUUGGGUUUAGCAGUCUGCAGUUAGUCGUGGAACUGCUGGUGGGUAGUGGGCAAGGCGAGGGAUAAAUGAGGGUUGCCAUACCUCCCCAAAACUCCUAAAUUUGAUAGUCUUCUUAAAACUUCUCAAUUCUCCAUGAGUUUGGACUUUUUUCUUAAAACUCGGAAACUAGAUUGUUUAAGAACUUUUUCCGCAAGUUUCGCAACCUGUUGCAUUUGUUAUUCAAUGGAAUUACUACAUGGGUACAGCGAUAAUCUGUUUUUCACUCGUUCCAAUUAAAAUCCCCUUAAAUGUCCUUAAUUUUUAUUAUGAAAAUUCCGUCAUCUUGUCAAAGAAGGUUAAUAAUUCUCAUCAAAACUGCUUAAAUACGUUCUCAAAUUUUCUUAAUAAGUUUUUAAAUCUUUUUUGCUCGGGAUAAACAUGGAAAGGUAAGAAUGGUAUGAAGAUAAGAGUGGCAACCCUAUAAAAAAACGUCAGACUAUGACGUAUUAUUAAUGGUCUAUUUUUUUCUGCGACGAGUAUAGCUUACGUUUGAGUAUGGAAUUAAUUUUUAGGAAGGAAAUGCUAGAAUGUGUAUAUCCUUUUGUUUAAAAUGUUUUUCGAAGAAUUUUUUUUUUUUUGGCAAAAAGCCUGGUAUAUUUAUGUAACCAAUUUGACAUUUAGCUAGCAUCUCGGAUUUUUAUUAUUAUUAUUCUCGGCUUUAUUUUGAAAGUGUUUUAUGUAUACAUAUUUAAAUUUUGGAAUUUUUUAACUAUCUUUUUUUUUGGAAAAGAAGAAAAAAGGGAAAAUAUUUAAAUUAUGAGAUUGUGAAAAUAUAGAAGAUUUGUAUCCA